AUGGCAGAGAGACAAGUGCUGGGGGCGCUGUAGUUAGAGCGUCCUGAGUACCUGUCGUACUAUGCUUUCAGUUUCCUCUUCCGGGGAAUACCGGCGGCGGGAGAUCCCAGCGAGUCUGGCUGGAGGAAGCGAGGGAGGCCGCGACGAGUGUCGUUACGCCAGCAGGGCGAGAUUCAGGCCAAGCAAAAUGGCUGCCUCUUCUUCAUCAUCUUCAGCUGGUGGAAUUAGCGGAAGCUCUGUAACUGGAUCUGGGUUCAGUGUCUCGGACCUUGCCACACCACGAAAAGCUCUCUUCACCUAUCCUAAAGGAGCUGGGGAAAUGUUGGAAGAUGGCUCCGAGAGAUUUCUCUGUGAAUCAGUUUUCAGCUACCAGGUUGCCUCCACACUGAAGCAAGUGAAACAUGAUCAGCAAGUUGCUCGGAUGGAAAAACUCGCUGGAUUAGUUGAAGAAUUGGAGGCAGAUGAAUGGAGGUACAAGCCCAUAGAACAGCUGCUGGGGUUCACUCCAUCAUCCGGUUGAAAACUUGUAGUUUGAUGUGGAGAGAAAAAGCAGUUGCAUCAUUCCAUUCUAAAACACUGGGUGGUUCUGCACUGUCCUCCCAGCAGUGUAAUAAAAAGUCAUCCCUCGCUGAUGUUUCUCUUACUGGAUAUUGUAAACUGUGGUCACAAAACAGUUCAUAAAACCCCCUUUCAGUCUUCCAGCAGCCUGAACAGCUUGCUUCAGAUGGGUGUGAUUUCUGUAACUAAGGAGAUGCAGUUAGUUUUCGGAAAAGAAUCUGUUUGCUUAAAGGGGAGGGGGUGGUUAUUUAAACUUACAACCCUUUAUGCUGACCUUGGAGCAUAUGUGCUGAAAGUUGGCCAGAUAAUUGGAUCCUUGUUACUGUUCAAGUUAAACUCCUGGAGGGCAGAGUCGAAAGGCUUUGGCUUUAAGCUGUUCCUUUGAAGAGAGAUGUGAUAAAACAAUAGGAUGGGAGCACUAGAAGGGCAGAAGAAUGUUAACUGUUUCCUGUAUGUAGAUAUCCUGGUCUUUGCUGUGCCUGCCCAGUUUUUUCAGCUGUUUCUCUGUUAACUGUGUGUGGAAAUGUUAAUUGCUGUUAAAGAGAGUCUCUAAAAAGAGGCAUUGACUGUCCCUUCCUCUGUUCCAAUGCACUUGCACUGUCUGUUUUGAAAAUAAAUUAUUUCAGCUAUAA